AUGAGCGUGCUUACCUUCUUCUGGACAAUGGAAUCCCGACAAGAAUGUGGUGCGCCCCUGGAACUAUCUACUCUGCCGGAAUCUGCGGAUGCACUCACCCACCAAAGGCCCCAGAACCCGAAGGAUGGCGCCUCUGCUGAUGCUGCUGCCGCCGCCUCUGCUGCUGCUGCUGCCGCCGCCUCUGCUGAUGCUGUUGCUGCCGCCAAAGCUUCCGCCUCCGCUAGUGCCGCCGCCUCUGCUGAUGCCGCCGCCGCUGCCGCUGCUGCUGCUUCUUCCUCCGCCGUCGCUGUACCCACCGCACCCAAAGAAGAGGUUGACCCAGCUCUUGCCGCUGCCGUUGCUGCAACUGGACCUAUGUGCCAUAACUUGCCAGACCCAUCCGACCACCGUGCUUACUUUGUUUUUGAACACGGCAAGAAGAAGAAGAUGUUGUGUGCCCCUGGAUCGCUCUACUCUCCUGUCACCUGUGCCUGUGGCGUUAACCUCCUUUCUGCUGCUGCUGGUCAUCACGUCCGUGCUGGUCACCCACCUUACCCCUACGCACACAACUGGCCCGGAUACCACUCGGCUUAUUAUGGCGCUCAUGGAUACCACGGUUAUCCAGGUUAUUAUGGUUACCAGGGCUGUAUCUAA